AUGACUGAAGACAGAAUGACAACACCUACUCUGAUCAAUCUGCCGCCGCCUCCCUCGGAUCCUGUCACGCCGUCUGAUAUGGGACCUGGCACUCCCAACUCUGGCACCACAUCCCUAUCUGCCCUGUCGACGACCGCGAUCAAGGACGGCCACCAGGGCCAUACCCAUCCGUAUGCGCGACACGCCCACCAGUCCUCGUCGACCUCGUCCGUGUCCUCCUCGACUCUUGAUGCAGAACGCGCAGACCGAAUCUCGCGCUUGGCCGGGCUCGAACGAAUUGCGACUGCUCGUGGCGGCGGCGGCGCAGGCGGCGCGGCGCAGAACUUCCCUUCUUCAUCCUCCUCCGGCGCCCCGAAUCUAACCCCCAGCCAGGGCUAUUUCGACAGCUAUCCGCACAUGGUCAAGGAGCGAAGCACAGUGGGCAGCGCCAGCGCGACGGGAAGUGUCGGCGGGCGCACAACCUGGGCGAGCGGAAGCGAUGCCUAUGAUCCGGAUAAGAUGAGUCUCGAGGAUCACGACGACGGCACUUCUAGCAUGGGCGGUAUGAGUGAUGAGGGGAAUGCCAGUCUGGUCGGGUUUGGUGAAGGCGCCAGCAGCACCAUCAGUGGGCCUGUGUCGAGUGCCACUUUGGGUCGAUUGCAGCAACAGUCUACGACUACUGGCUUGGGACGUACCCCGUCUUUCGGCAGCCCGAGUGCCAACAGGAAUAGCGGAAAUCAUAGCAAUAUUAAUGCCAGUGGGCAAUAUCCUGCGUACAUGCAGCAGCAGCAGCAGCAGCAGCAUGUCGCAGGCAGUUCUGUGAGUGCGCCAUCGCAGUCCUCUCCGUCCCCCGCUGGAUCCAACACUCCGGAGCCAUCUGACGAUGCUCGAAUGCUGGACGGUGUUACUUAUGAUUCAAACGUGGUCGACACUACUGUCCGCACUCCGCGCCUUGUAGGACAGCGAGGACCGGACAGUUCUUCUUAA